AUGACCAAAUACGCGGACGCUUUCGCACUGUACGUGAAGGACAUGCUCGGGGGAAAGUAUGUCCAGGAGCCUUGCACAAAGCGUGUCCGCGGCAAGAUUCCUGAGGGCAAGUUGACCAUGUCGAAACUUCGCUUGCACAAUCUCUGCGAGAAGGGCAAAGAGAAGUGGGUGGUAGCUGCCGCCGCCAAGGCUCGUGCCACUCAGGAGAUGCAGAACGUCUUGCUCGGCAAACCGCAGCACUGCGAAGUGCGAGAAGCGGCGCACGCAGAUGCGCAGGGUGCAGCAGAGAACAGGAUCCCUGAGAACUACGAGCCCAUAUCCUUGAGCUUCCAAGGUGGCCGUAUCAGGACAGAGCGGCUGCUGGGGAAGGGGGCUUACGGGGAGGUCCACAGGGGGAGGGACGAUUGCGGAAGACCGUUCGCGGUGAAGGUCGCUACUGUGGACCCUGCCAUCAACGACCUAGCCGUUGAAAACUCCAUCCUGGCCAACCUGAGAGGUCCUGGACUCGUCACCUCUUAUGGCCUCGCAUUCGCGGACACGGUCGGGGCCAAGCACACAAUGGGCAUGAUGUUGGAGUUGGCAGACACCACGCUGCAGGAGCUGCUCUUGGAGUUGCCGUUCAGUCCUUGUGCCCGCUGGAAGAUGUCCCUGCAGCUCUUGCGAGCUGCAGACUACAUUCAUUCCUGCCAAAUCUUGCACCUCGAUAUCAAGCCAAACAACAUCUUGGCAGUGUGGGCACAGAAGGAUGUUUGCUCCUGCCCAAAUCUCAAACUCGCUGAUUUCGGCAUGGCCGCUGACACCAACAGUGACAGAGUGCUUCGCCCUGGAGUUGAAGUUUUCACGGUGCCCUACAGACCUGUGGAGUGUCAGCUGGCUGGGCGUUCGGAAGUUAGGCUGAGCGCUGCUGCAGAUCUUUGGGCCCUUGGUUGUGUCAUCUUCCAGGUCAUGGUCGAGGUCCCGCGGUCACCAUCGCGCCUCUUCACCGUGGACUCCAUUACCAACCUGACGCAGUCGAUAAAAGCUGAGGCAUUCUUGUUUCAGCUUCGCGACAAGCAACUGGAACGGCUUUCAGAUGACACUCAUGCUCAGCAGCUGAUUCAGGGCCUUGUGUGUCCGAGGCAAUUCCGUCUCUGCUGUGAUGCCGUGAUUGCCAUUUGCUUGGAGCGCAUGCGGUUUUAG